AUGGUGUAUUGGGUAUUCGGAUACGGUUCUCUUAUCUUCAAACCGCCACCGCAUGCGGUGGAACACAAGGCCCCAGGCCGGGUAGUGACAGUCAUUGAAGCGAGAGAAUGGCAUAUGCUCGAAGGCAUAACCGUGUCAGAAGGUGCAAUAUCGUCAGACGAUUACGUGUGGGGUAUGGCAUAUAGGAUAGAUCCACAAUAUGAAGACGAAGUGAAAACAUACAUGGAAUACCGCGAAAAGAAUGGAUAUACUUGUCAUUUCGUUCCGGUCUAUAACGCCUCUCCUGACGGACUAGAAGAAAUAGCGGUAGUCGAUAACGCUGAAAUCUGGAUCGGUAAACUCGACAAUCCUGCCUUCAUCGGGUAUGAAUCCCUUGACAAUCUGGCUCGUAUCAUCUCAGAGAGAAGCGGGCCGUCUGGACUCAACAAGGAAUAUCUGUACAAGCUUGCAGAAUCAGUCAGACAGCUAUAUCCCCAUGUUCGAGAUGAAUACCUGUUUGGCUUGGAGGCUGCAGUCAGAGCUUUAGAAGAGGACGAUUAUUAA